CUUUACAAACCUUUGGAUCUUUUUCCCCAAUUUGGUAAGUCCUGUGGACAACCGGAUCAAUAUAGGAAACAUUAGACAUGACACCAACGUCAAGAAAAAGGAUAUGUUGUUUUUGUCAAUCUACUGUGCUUCAUUUUUGUGAACAGAAUAUAAACGCGAUCUAAUUUACAGUACACUUUUAUUUUUAUCUUGCAAACAAGUGGAAGAAACUUUUUAGAGAGCCUUUGGUUCAUGUGAAAGGAAAAAUUCACAGGCAGGGAGGAGGAUUAUAGGAAGGUCUCCGAGUUGCUUCUUAUCACGCUGUAACAUCCAGCCUGCGGGCGCACUCAAGACGCUUCUUCGAGCUUCAGAGGGAAGAAAGGAAAACUCAUGGAAAACAAAAUGCACGGAAAGAUGAGUGCCAUCAGCACCACGUCGAUCGCUGAUUCAACUGAUUCGAAAGUAAGCGACUUGACUGAUGCUGGAUACAGCAGGUCUGUCAAAGUGGUCGCGCGUAAUUUGGGAAAUCUAGACCCUUUAAUUCAUGGCUUAAAUUCGAGUGGGGACUGCACGGUUUAUAAGGACUGCAAUUCUAUUGAGGCGUCAGUUUCUGCAAAACAGUCUUAUGACAGCAACAGUGACUAUAUAAAGUCUGGUUGUGUUCCCUGGGAAGAAUUAGUUAAACUUCAUAGGUCCAGCGCAUCUCUGUCGGAAAGUGCCGCAAAUCUAAGCCUGUCCUCCACAUCUGGGGCUUGUAAGUUCAUUAAAGAUGAAAAGGAGCCCGCUGUGAUUAUGGACACCCCCUGUCCGAAGUUUGACACAUCAUCUGAGAUUCGUACUCUCGACACCUGCUGCGAAACCGACAGCAAGCAACACCUGGGGCUCGAAGUAAUUCCCCGGCCACGGAUGGAGGGCUCUCCUACCUUUCUUAUAGAGCUGACCAAGCCAGAGCAGCUGGGGAACUCCGGAAGGACCGACUCCAGGUGUGCUGUGUCCGCCCAUUCCCCCGCGCCUCACACCACUUCACGUUGGCAAAUCCAAACCCCUAGUUCCGAGCCUCCGUACUGGCUCCACACCGCAGCUAUGACCGAGACGGACGCCUUUCCAGCCAGCAGCUACGAAGGGAUUCAGAACCACAUCCAGACCCAGAGGAACCCUUCACCUUUCUCCACCUUUCCAGGGAUGCAGCCUCAGAGAAUGUGUGUUAUCUGUGGUGAUGAAGCAUCUGGCUGCCACUAUGGAGUCCUAACGUGUGGGAGUUGUAAAGUAUUUUUCAAAAGGGCAGUGGAAGGCCAUCACAGCUAUCUCUGCGCUGGGCGAAAUGAUUGCAUUGUGGACAAAAUUCGGAGAAAAAAUUGCCCUGCAUGUCGCCUCAGAAAGUGUUAUCAAGCAGGAAUGAUGCUUGGAGGCAGGAAACUGAAACGCUUUGGAGCCUUGAAGGCCUUAGGCUUGGCCCCGUCCCUGAUGUUCCAGUCCCAUUUGGCCAUGUCCGGAGAUGGCCAGGCCCUGACCUCCAUGUCUUGUGUACCAAGCAUCCAUGAGCUUCAGCUUUCCCAACAAAUAAUUAACAUCCUGGAAAACAUUGAGCCUGAGAUUGUGUACUCUGGUUACGACAACUUACAACCUGAAGUUCCCCAUCUUCUGCUCAAUAGUCUCAACAGGCUGUGCGAGAAACAGCUACUGUGGAUUGUCAAGUGGUCCAAGUCCCUGCCAGGUUUUCGAAAUCUUCACAUCAACGAUCAGAUGACUCUAAUUCAGUACUCAUGGAUGAACCUGAUGGUGUUCUCUCUUGGGUGGCGCUCUUUUCAGAAUGUCACCAGCGAAUAUUUAUACUUUGCGCCUGAUCUGAUUCUUAGCCAGGAGCAAAUGAGGAGAUCCCCAAUUUAUGACCUCUGCCUGGCGAUCCAGUUCAUUCCUCAGGAGUUUGCCAACCUACAAGUGACCCGUGAGGAAUUCCUCUGCAUGAAAGCUAUAAUAUUACUCACCACAGUGCCUCUUGAAGGUCUGAAAAGUCAGGCCGCAUUUGAGGAAAUGAGACAAAACUACAUACGAGAGCUGUCCAGAGCCAUUCACAUGAAGGAGAAGGGCAUGGUGGCCAGCUCCCAGCGGUUCUACCACCUUACCAAACUGAUGGACGCCAUGCAUGAUAUAGUGAAGAAGGUCAACCUGUUCUGUCUGAGCACCUUCAUCCAGGCAGACGGCAUGAAAGUGGAGUUUCCAGAGAUGAUGUCAGAAGUCAUCGCCUCUCAACUUCCCAAGGUUCUGGCUGGGAUGGUGAAACCCCUGUUGUUCCACACGAAGCAGUAAUGCAAACAUCAUGACUCUAUGGUGGUGGCCUUUGACUGGAUUACUGCUGCAGAAUGCUUAAUUCUUCAGACGCUGCAUUCUGCUGUAGUCAAAUGUGUAAACUAUGAUAAAUGCCUCAAUAUAAGGCAAAAUGCUAAAAAAAAAAUGGAUUGACAUGAAUGUAAAGUGCCUACGAAAGCAUGAAUGUCCUUGAUUGUUUAAUUUUCAGUUUUUAAUCAUGUUACAAGAACAAACUUGAAUAUAUUUUAUUUAGGUUUUCUGUAACAAACCAACAUGAAACAGUGCAGAAUGUUUAAGUUUAUAGUUUAGAUAAAAUAAUAUUUUGCUGCAGGUCAAUAUCUAAAGUAGGGGUCACUUUAGCCAAAUGUUUUUCAUCUUUGAUUGCUUUUUUUAUUACUAUUUGAAACUGACAGAAAAACCUGAGGGCCAUCGGUCAUUUUGUCAGAUUACAAUUCACACUCCUGACCAAUUCGUGUAGUAGUAGACGUGUAUACGUGCAAAGAACAGCUAAUUAAGGCCUUGUCCACAGGAUUUUCAGUGCAUCUGCAAAAGAUUUUUGUUUAGGCUGUGCGUUCACAUGGACUCAGAGUCUUGUGAGAUCACAAACUAUGAUUUUUGGUGACGUUGAAGCUCCAUUUCUCUUUAUGACACAAGUAAACAUGGCUGGUUUGGUGUUUUUUGUGUCGUUCUACAUAUUACAGUGCCACCGAUUGGCCCGGCAUACCUAUUACAUAUUUUUCUGUGGUGUCCUGUCAUGUAGGCCCACAUAUUUCUUAGUGUUUCCAAGAAAUUAUCAUGCUCAUUCUCCUCAUUCAGAGGAUAUGUCAACGUCUGAUCACUUGGAGAAAUGUUCCCUAAUUUAAAAAAAAAACUGACAGAAGUGGCUUGUAAUUCCAGUCUGUAGUGUAGCAGCAGAAAACAGAUUCAGCUUCCAGAUCAACAUCAAAAUUCCUAUGAGAAAUCAUCUGUUUGAGGUAAAUGUGACAAUAGUCAGCAGAAAUCUCCUUGAAACAUUUGACUAAGGACAAGUGAGCAAGCAAUUCCGGUCCUUGCAGGACUGUGAGUUCAGGCUAGAGCAGAUGCAUUGUUGGUAAUUUAAGAGCCAUAAUUUAAUUUAAUUGUUUUUACAUAUUGGUCCCACAGUCUGUGGUUUUUGUCACAGUGGAUUCAUUCAUCAGCUUGAUAUAUGAUGGAAUGAUAUGGAUUGUUCAGCUUGUUCGAGUUGAAUAUUAGUUAAAAUGAGUUGAAUGUCCAAUAGUCUCUGUGUUUCCUGAAUAACAGAAUAUCUGUAUUGAUAAUGAAAUUAACUUAAACACAAACCAUCUAUUUUUCAGCCACGGUUAGAUGCUACUUUGUGUUGGUCUAUGACAUAAAAUCACAAUAAAAUGUAUUAAAGGUUGUGGUUGUUGCAUGAUGAAAUCUGAAAAGGGUGUAAACAGUUUUGCAAGGCACUGUAUCAUAAACACAACACAGUGUCUUCCACAAGUAUUUUUUUUUGGUAAAGAUGUGUAAAAAUAAUUUUUUAUUUUUAGUCAGUCUUCUGACUAAAACUAUAGAGAAGUUCAGUCAUAUUGCUAUUUUCUUUAAGCAAUACCUUCAGUUGCCUUACUUUAUCUGUUCUCUUGUCUUUCAAAUUUUGGAGAGCAACCAUAAAAAAUAGGCCUAUUUGUCAUUUCAUAUUUAGAACCCAGGAACACAGGUGGGCCUCAAAGCUAACAAAAUAAAACCCAGACACUA